ACAAAAAGUUUUAUAUUAAAUUCUUGAAGAGGAUAUAUAGAGAGAGAGAGAGACAGAGAGUAGCAAUGGUGAGAGUUGGAGAUGAAGUGAGCAACAAACAAGUGAUAUUCAGAGAUUAUGUCAUUGGUUCUCCUAAAGAAUCAGACAUGUACCUGACCACUGGAACCAUUAAGUUAAAGGUUCCUGAAAAUUCAAAUGCAGUUUUGGUGAAGAACCUAUAUUUGUCCUGCGAUCCUGUCAUGCAUUUCUUUAUGAGGAAAACUACAGGUCUCUCUAGAUCUGGAUAUAUUUUCUACACCCCUGGCUCUCCAGUUCUCGGGUAUGGUGUGGCGAAAGUAUUGGAUUCUGGGCAUCCAAAAUUAAAGGCAGGGGACUUGGUUUGGGGGAUCACCGGAUGGGAAGAGUACACUCUAAUCACUAAAACUGAAACACUCAUUAAAAUCCAACAUACUGAUGUACCUCUUUCUUAUUAUACUGGAAUUCUCGGUAUGCCUGGUAUGACUGCAUAUGCUGGUUUCUAUGAGGUUGGGGCCCCUAAGAAAGGAGAAUAUGUCUAUGUUUCAGCAGCAUCUGGUGCAGUUGGUCAGCUUAUUGGCCAAUUUGCAAAGUUGGGGGGUUGUUAUGUUGUUGGAAGUGCUGGAAGUAAAGAAAAGGUUGAUCUAUUGAAGAAUAGGCUUGGGUUUGAUGAAGCUUUCAAUUACAAAGAAGAGCAUGACUUGAACGCAGCUUUGAAAAGGUAUUUCCCUGAAGGCAUUGAUGUUUACUUUGAACAUGUUGGGGGCAAAAUGCUUGAAGCUGUGCUCCUCAACAUGAGACACCAUGGUCGCAUUGCUAUGUGCGGAAUGAUCUCACAAUACAAUCUUGAUGAGCCUGAAGGUAUCAAAAAUUUGAUACAGAUCUUAUACAAGUCGAUCCAAAUAAAAGGAUAUACACAUCGCAAUUAUUAUCACCUAUAUCCCAAGUUCUUAGACCUUGUGCUGCCUUACAUUAGAGAAAAGAAGUUGGUGUAUGUGGAAGACAUAGUUGAAGGCCUUGAGAGUGGUCCAGCUGCCCUUGUUGGACUUUUUAGUGGUCGCAACUUUGGAAAACAAGUGGUUGUUGUUGCUCGUGAAUGAUUCAAUCAUACAUUGUAUGAAUGUAGCAUGAGCAUUGUGUCUAAUUACCAUCCUAGUCUAAGUUGUGGAAGGCUUCUAGGUUUGAGGAUCAAGAUCAGGUUAGUUUGUUGGGUUAUGGCUAGUGCCUAUGGAGAAUAAUGAUGUCCUAUAUGUAUAUAUAGGGUGAAAAUAAAGAGAAAUUGUCCAAUACUUAAUAAAUGCUAUCAUAUGUGAGUGCAUGUAUUUUUU